AUGAUAUAAUUCCAAACUUCUAAAGAUGUCUAUUCUGAGUUCCGACGUGGCCUAACGUUCUUCGCUAGUUUUCACGCCCGUCAGGAUUCUCUCUCCGAUGUCGUCCGUCACAAUUUUCCCGAGAAAAUGGAUGGGAAAAAGCGCCGCAGCCCUCCACUCUGUCCUAUCGUUCGUCGUUUUCCUCUUCUUCGAUCUUCUCGACGCGAUUCUCUGCGUUUUCUACGAGUUCCUCGACGGAUCUUUGGAGGCAAAACCUUGUAGCUGUUACUGUAGGGCUCGUCGUGUCGGCGAAGAUGAGUUGUCGGAGACUCUGUUUCGGAGAAAAAACGUGUUCCGGGAAAUGGGGUCUUCUCCGUUCCUGGAAAGGUUCAAGCUUUCCUGGAAAAUCGGUGGAUUCCCGGGAAAAUCCCCGUUUUCCGGGAAAAAUCCUGCGUCGGUGAACAGAUGGUCGGAUUGUGGAUGUGAAACCUGUGUUUCGUGGGUGAAGAACGGAGACGAGAAUCUUCAUGUCGCGGUCAAGACUUCUUCUUCUUCUUCUUCUUCUUCUUCUUCUUCUUCUUCUUCUUCUUCUUCUUCUUCUUCUUCUUCUUCUUCCAGAGAAGACGACAGCGAGAAAUCAACAGAGAACGUGAUCUUCAUACAUGGUUUCAUGGGAUCAUCCUACUUCUGGACAGAAACCGUGUUCAAGCACAUAAGCAAAGACCAUUACAGGCUAUUCGCAGUCGAUCUCCUAGGGUUCGGAAGAAGCCCAAAGCCGAGAGAGAGUCUCUAUACAGUGAGAGAUCAUGUAGAGAAGAUCGAGACAUCGGUUAUUGGAGAGUACCAAUUGGAUUCAUUUCACGUGGUUGCGCAUUCGAUGGGUUGCAUCAUUGCCCUUGCCUUAUCCGCUAAACAUUCCGGCAUUGUCAAGUCGGUCACCCUCGUUGCACCGCCUUAUAUUGUUUCGGGAUCGAGUUUAGUUGCAUUAAACGUACUCGCGGGUAAGAAACUGUGGCCUCCAAUGGCGUUUGGUUCGGCGGUCAUGUCGUGGUACGAACAUGUCGGUCGAUGUGUCUGCUUCGUCGUCUGCAAGCAUCACGAGACAUGGGAGUGGCUCUUCAAACUUCUGACAUUCAAAAGGGAGGUUCCAUGGAAGAUCAACGACAUAACGAAGCAUACCCAUCAUUCAGCAUGGCACACCAUGCACAACGUCAUAUGCGGUGGGUCCAAAUUCGCCGACAAACAUCUCCAAACCCUAACAAACUCCGGCGUCAAUAUCUUCCUCCUGCAUGGAGAUCGUGACAGAAUCGUCCCUCUGCAUUGCUCCGAUGACGUGAAGAUAAAGUUUCCGGCGGUCCAAGUCCACGUCAUCACUGGAGCCGAUCAUGAAUCGUUGAUCGUCGCAAGAGGAGACGAGUUCGCUGGUCAAUUGGACCGCAUUUGGAGUUCUUAAACCGAGUUUAGUUCGGUUUGGUACGAUUAAUGAAUUCGAGAACCGAACCGGUUAUAGAAUUGGUCAAGGUUUUUAGCUCACUUCCCUAGUCCUCGGAUCUCAGAAACUGCGUGCCACGUCGUCUUGUCUCUGUGUGUAAUUUAGUAUUGAUAUAAUUUCAACUGAUUAGGCAGUACGCAACUUUGUAAUAUGAUUUCAAGUUUCGUCAGUUGUCACCGCACGUAAAAGCGUUGACAAAGCAACAACGAUGUUAAUUCUUAUCCCAUUAUUGUAAUAAAAAAAAUUGUGGUUA